AUGAGAUCUAAUUCGUAUAGGACUAGAGUACACAUUGUGAUGAUGAGGCCGAGGAGCGAGGAGCCGGCGCUGGCGGCGCUCGAGGUUGGCCGGAGGUUCGCCGCUGAACAUCGCCUUGCCGCUAGACCGUCACUAUCACUCGCGGUAUCUUCACAUCGAGUGUUAUCUAGUGCGGAGGAGAGAGGGAGGGGACCGGGGGCCCGGGGAGUGGGGGCAGGGGGCGGGGGGCAGGGGGGGGUAGUGAGGAGGGCCCGCCGGGGUGAGCGUGUGUGCGUGACCGCGCCGCCGGCCCAUUGGUCGACAGACUUCUCGCUUGCUGCCCUCGCAAUGCCCUCGCUACUGACUCAAUUAUUCUUUCAGGGAUCCGCUUGUAUAGCAACGAGGUAUCGGACCCUCUCGUGCUGA